UGAAUGGAUCUGCUCAGCCGUGUGAUGCUCUUCGGAAUGGAUACAACAUGGCGGAAAGAUGUGAUCGGCUGUCCCACGUCUCGUUUCUUAACCGCACCAAACUAGAGACAUGUUCUGGGGCUAGAUUUUGUUUGGCAACGCGAGGGGAUUGUUUCCAAAUUGCUUGUUGUAUUUCGACGGAAAAAGGGGAGCUCGACAGCUGAGAUCCCAGGAUGAGCCGCAACGCAACAGAAUUCCAAGGGUCCUCCCCCUCCUUACAGUUGCCUGGUGAUCAUGUGUUGAACUCGGGAGCAGUGGUGUACCCUGGUGCCUUUGACCAACAUGGAUGUCCUUUAGUUAUAUUCCCAGUGGAUGCUCAUGGCAAAUUAACAUCAGAAAUAACCAAAGAAGAAGUAGUUGACUUCAUAAACUACUUUCUUUGUUUGCACAAUAAAAAACAGGAGAAGGAAAGCUUGAUUGCGCUCGUGGCUGAUUUAAGACAAGCCUCUCCGACCACUACAAGGUUUAUCGCUGAUACACUGCGUCUACUUGAGCUGCACAGUAGGACGGUUCAGACUGUCUACAUAGUUCAACCAAAAAAGAAGGAUGUCCUCAAACUGUUGCUGAAACUGCUGAUGCCAUCCAAAGGUCAUGUGGCUCCAUUCAAGAGAGUUCUGCUAAAGGAAGUCUUCGAACUUUCCAACUACAUCGACAGAAGCCAGUUGACUGCAUCUUUAGGAGGCUACCUUGUUUACUGUCACCAAAGUUGGGUUACGUUCAUUAAGGAGAUUGAUGCUUUUGUCCAGGGGUUCCUUCUGGUGGUGCAAAGACUCCCUUCCUGUAUCUCUACCCUGCAGAGCCUCUGCAGACAGCUUGUGCCCUCUACAUACGAUGAGCUGACAGAUUUCUGUUCCACCAACGAGGCAACGUUUGAGCGUCUGAGAAGGGAGCUAGGCCUGGAUGAGUUGCUGAGGCGUUGUGAGUGUGUCGUGGAGAAACUGCGCUACCCUGAAAAUGAUCCCUGCUAUCAAGCCAUGGCUGGGACCGCACUCUUCACACACACCGCCUUUGACAUGCUACAGAACUACAGCCGGAUAACCGCCGCUGUGGAGAAAAUCGAGUUGCUGUGGCAACAGGCUUUUUCUAAGGCUCACGUUCAGCUGCGGGUCUUACAACUCUGCCAACAGGCCCAGCAGAUAACCCAACAAAUGAAAAGCCUUCAGGAGGAGAAACUCCAGCCUUACAGAAUAGAGAUAGCCAAAGACUCCAGAAAAGCAGAGAUGUUGACGUCAGCGUUUGAAACCUCCAUCUAUACCCCUGCAAUGGCGCUGGUACGCUGUGCAGAGGAUGUGAUUCAUACGUUAGUCGAGUCAUUGCCACAUGGGGACGCCCAGGGUAGUGAGCAGUGGGUGCAGGACCUGGACAGGCUGAAGGAAAACUUGCUCUCCUCUGUAGAGCUCCCCCAUCAAACCCUAAGAGCGGUCUCAGACUUCUACCAUUACUACAACAAAUCCAGCAGCUGGUACAACAUUGUCCUCCGUGAGAACUUUCUCCAAGACCUUCUGUGGGGUGUGAGCACUGAUAGUCUUCAGGCACUGCACCAUCCUCAGGGUGUAAACGCUGGUGUCCCCUCAUGGAGGCAGUCGGUCGGCCAAUUCCUGGCGAAGAAUCCCUCCCCAGAUAUGGCUGAGCUGGUUCAGCUGGCGCACCUUGCCAACGUCAUCCCAGAUGAUUCCCUUCAGAGAGUUGGGAAGCAGCUGUCACAACGGUGCAUGACCCUUAGAACACUUCUAACCGCUCCAGGAACUGUACCUAUAAAUGACCUACAGUUGGCACUGCAGUGGCAGUAUGAGUUAAGGACAAUUGAAACACCACAUGGAUUCCACACCGACCCGGCCUUAGACAGGAUGCCUGAGGACCUUAAGAACAGGCAGGGUGGUGCAUCUGGCCUCCCUGGGAAACCUAAUCCUAAAUUGGACCAACAAGCCAAGGAGGCUGUGCACAGCCAUGGCUCGUUCUCCAACCUCACCAAGUGGGCACCAGGAAAGAUGCCAGCCCACCAGCCACCUCUGGGUGGUGUAGCUCAGGCUAGCACGGUCCCUGGGGUGGUGUCUGCUACCGGGAAGCCUCCGUCCCUCAGCUCGUUUGACUCUGGCUUCGACGGUGCAGGAAGCAGUCAUCUGGAAGGUGGGGGAGGGAGGGAAGGAUGGGAUGGGCUGUCCAGGUUAACCAGCACCAGAGACUCCUUCAGGCCCGUCAGCAGGCAGCCGCAGAUCCACGAGGAGAACAUCUCCAGUGUUUCUGACUCUGAGGAUCGGAGGGAGGAGUUCGACUUCGGGUCUGUGGGGAACACCUCCAGGGCUAGCAUCCAGAUCAUCCCCAAGGUGACAGUGGACUCCCUGAACUUUGAGAUCAAGGUGAAGCGAUCUGCCACACUCCCCCAGAACCCCUGGUUGAGCCUCCCUACCGAGGACCUGGAGAAAUCCUACACCGUCACCAUCACGCAGAACCCACCAGCACAGCAGAACCCACCAGCACAGCAGAACCCACCAGCACAGCAGAGAGACCCCAAAAGUCCGGACUCCCUGGAGCGGUCGCAUCACUCCGACCAAUCCAGCAGGUCUCGAGACCAGCCCACGCAGACCGAGAUGCCAGAGGGUCGGGCUGAGCCUGAUGUGAAGGCGCAGGAGAGCUUCGACGACCAGGGACUGAGCCCCAUAAGGAAGCUCCUCUCCAGUACAAUCACAGAUGCCAGAGAGAGAUCCCACUGCUCUACUGAGGGUGUCCCCACUCUCCUCUGGGAUUCCUAUGAUUUCCACAACCAGGACACCUGUGAAAGCUCUGUGAGAGAAGUCUCCCUGAGAGACUGGGAUCUGAAGGAGCAGGAUGGUCUGAGGGAGGUUGAGGAGAUCCUGGUCCGGGCAGCUGGGAUACUGGAGGAGGAAGAAAAUGUGCUGGCACAGGAGGAGAUGUUGACUGUUCUCAUGAAGACCGAAACCCCAAGCAAACAGUGGCUGUUAUGGAACAGGGCAGACCAGCUUAGUGUGAUGUCCUCUUGUGACUUGGUUGAGGCAGGUGUCCUUGGCCUUGAAGAUGGGCUCACUGUCGAAGGCACAGAGAGUUUGUCAGAAAGUGCAUCAUUCGAGGUCACACGUGGACCCGUGGACUCCGAUGACUGCCUGACCGAGGCUGGGGGCGUGGCCUCUGGCUGCAGGGAGGAGCUUCUGAAAGAGCUGAGGGAACUACACGUCCUGGACGAGCUCAUCAUGGAGGAGAACGUCAAGAUCCACAAGCUGAGACGGCACGAGGAGGAACGCCUCGACAAGAAGCCCGCGGUGUCCAUGGGCCCUCGAAGGACAAGUAAGGAGAGGCAGAUGUUCCAGUUGGAACUACAGAGGGAGAAGAAGGAGGUGGAAAGACUGGAGAUGAGCCUUGAUAACGGGACCACGAGGUGUAAACUCAGAAAGCAGCUAAGCAGAACCAGGAAAGUUGUGAAAUGCUCCGUGAUGGAGAGGACUUCCAAACUUGAAUACCUGGAGGACAGUGCCCUCUGUGAAGAGCUGAUCUCAGGCAGAAAGAGGCCCUGCAACACACAGCUCUUGACCAAAAUGCCUCCAAACGCCAAUGCAUCCAACACUGACGCAGUCUCGUUUUCAGAGUCCGUCACUAAACAGCCUGUAUUACAAGACUCUGUUUCACCCCUAGAUUCUCCUGGCAUCUACACCAACUUAAGUAUUUAUGAUUCCCUUGGCCAUGUUGCGGUUUCUAGUUUGCAACAACUUGUCCUAGCCUCACGACAGACCACCCCUGAUUCUAGGGAGGAAGUUGGAAUCCAGCCUCAUUCCAGAUUCAGGGAAACUGUGGAAAGUCACAAACCAGAGGAUUCGUCAAAACCUGAACCAAAACCAGAUUAUGGUGCUUUUGAUCCAGGUGGCAGCUCUGAUAACCCACCUGUGCCUAAACCAAGGAGGACACAGCCUCCUGUCCAUGAUGCCUCAACAGAACCAGUUCACCUGAUGGAUCAGGGACCUGGACCACCAGGAACCCAAAUGCUGGACACUCCCCCAAUGCCUAAAGAGCGAAAAACUAAGCCUCCAGCCCCAUGCGACGUGCACAUUCUCAAUGCUGAUGUGAACGAGCACACCAAUAAUAACAAUAACAACAAGCCCAUCAGAGAUCAACAGUUGUUAAAAUGCGCCGCCCCUCACAAGCCCAGUUCACAUGUCCCCCAAGACGAUCCCGUAACAUCCGCACUCACCCAGGUUUCUUCUCAAGGCUUGCAGAUACAGACCGACUUGCAUGUUUCCCAAUACUCUGAAAUUGAAGGUGUAGAAUUCCGUUUAAAAGUAAGUGAACCACCUCCGGAAGUGUUCCCUGACCCAUGUGAACCAGUAGGAGUUGAAGUACCUUGUGCAGAUAUCCCUGAUGGCUUUCAGAGGUGUGGGACUGGCACAGGAUCCUUCUCAAGAUCCCUCCAACAGCCAUCUAUCCAUAUUGGCACCAGAGAGAUGAUGAAUUAUAAGACUCCUAUCGUGUUGGAUACAGGUUCUGGUUUGAUGAAAGCUGGCUUUGCUGAUCAGGACCUUCCAUCUACAAUUUUCCCAACAAUUAUUGGGCUGCCCAAGUAUGAGGAAAUAAUGAAUGGCAACUUUGAACGGGAGACCUACAUUGGACAUGAGGCUCAACACAUGAGAGGAGUUCUGACACUGAAGUACCCCAUGAAAAAUGGAAUAAUUAGCAACUGGGAUGACAUGGAAAAGAUUUGGCACCACAUGUUCCAGCGGCUUGGAGUGGAGCCUGAUGAGCACCCUGUUCUUCUGACGGAGGCGGCGAUGAACCCUCGGGAUAACCGUCAGCGGAUGGUGGAGCUUAUGUUUGAGAGUUUCAAUGUUCCUCUCACCUACGUGGCCAUGCAGGCGGUGCUAGCGCUCUAUGCUGCAGGGAGAUCAACAGGUGUGGUGUUUGACUCUGGGGAUGGAGUGAGUCAUAGUGUGCCUGUGUUUGAGGGGUACUGCCUUCCCCAUGCUAUCCAGCGCUUCACCAUGGCAGGAUAUGAUGUCACAAUGCAUCUCAAAAAGCUCCUCCAGGAACAAGGGGUGUGCAUGCGCACCUCUGCAGAGCUCGAGAUAGCGCGGGAGAUGAAGGAGAAGUGCUGCUGUGUGGCUCAAGACUAUGAAUCUGAGCUCGCGUGCGGGGGGUCUGCUAGCAGAGAGAUGCAUUACACCAUGCCUGAUGGCCAGGUCAUCAGUCUCAGCACUGAGAGGGUUAGGGCACCGGAGAUCCUGUUCAAGCCAGAGCUAAUUGGACGUGACCAUUAUGGGAUGCAUGAAAGCAUUUUCAAAUCCAUCCUUAGCUCUGACCUUGACCUACGGCGAAGUUUCCUGGGAAACAUUGUUCUAGCAGGUGGAAAUACCUUGCUUGCUGGCUUGCCAGAGAGACUCCAGAAAGAAAUCAGAGUCAUGGUGCCUUCAGACUUGGGGGAGUGUGUGCGUGUGACCAGCCCUAAGGACAGAGAUUUUUCUGUGUGGAGCGGAGGUGCGGUACUGGCCAAUUUGCCCUCUUUUGCUUCUGCCUGGAUCAGCCAAGAGGAGUAUGAGGAAUUUGGCCCCCAGAUUGUCUUCAGGAAGUGCUUCUGACUGACUUGUAUCCAGUGUUUGACUCACGAAGUGUGGACUACUUCUCACAAAGUGCAAUAUUUAUGUCUCUGUGCCACAUUUGGGAUCGAAGCCUUUUAAUAUUUUUGUUCGUACAUGUCUUGUUUGUGCACAACAAAUCCUGGAGAAUUUCUUAAGUAUUUAUAUUUGCCAUUAUCUAGCUAGUGUUAAAAGCUUACCUGCGAUGAGGCUUUUCCUUAGUGCAGUUCUCAGUGAGCUUUAGGUUAGUUUGACGAUAAUACUGAAAUACAUUUUGUAUUCCCGUUUGUGCCACCGACAUCAAUUUUGUGGAAUGGGCACUUUUGCAGCACCUUUUUGGAAGUAGAACGGCUUUAAAUUUGUUUUAUUCUUGAUCAGUACAAAAUAAGUAAUUUCCAUCUAUUUUCCUCAUUCUAUAGUAACCAUUUUAGUUCUGUGGAACUGAUGGAAACCCUAACUGUGUAUAUAGUGCUGCAAAUGGAAUAUAUUUGUCCGUCCAAUGUACAAUUUAUAUAUAAAUAUGUCCCAGUUAGUCGGCUUACAUUUAAUCAUUCUAAUAUGUAAUUAGUGUCCUUGUCUUUUAAGUGUUAACUUGGUGUAAGGUGUCAUUGUUUAUACCAAGACUUGAUCAGAUCAAACCAGUGUGUUCCUAGUAUCCCUCUUGAUACGAUGAAUAAGUCCUUUUAGGACUGUGUACCUUUUGUGUUAAUCCUUGACCUAAAUAUCAGUGCUAGUAAGGGUUUGUUAUACCAGUCAGAAACCACCAGGGCCUGGUAAAUGAGGCUGGGUGUAUUUAUAAAUGUUAAGACCUAAUGCAGUUGUGGAAUGUUUACUGUACAUUUCAUAAUGAGUUUUCAAAGUAAGACUGUAAAUCAGUGCACAUGCUGGUUCAUGUUUUGAUUUCCUUUCUCAUGUAUGGCUUUGAGUUUUGUGCUGCAUGCUUUAUGUAGUAUUUUUUGAUUGUGUUGUACAUGCAUUAUUUUCCUUAAGUUGUGAUAUUUGACAAGUUACUGUAGUGUUGUGUAUUGCUUCAUUGAACAUGUUUUGUACCUCAGGCCAUACACCUUUUUAAUGACUGCUGUCAUUUUGUAGUUGCAUAAUACCAGCCACUCUAUCCUAGGUACCUUGAGCAUUUUGUUACUGCAGCAUUUGGAUAAUCCCUAUCUCUUUAUAACCCUGCCCUGUAGUGUGAUGCUUGUUUACAGUAUUUGUUUAAUGCACUGUUUUGCAUGCUGUGUGUUUAGAAGUUUGAACUUUUCUUUUUCUUUGCUACUCUAAAGACAUGGGGGUUGGAAUGUCAGCUGAAUCUCAGGUUUCAAAAUUCUGCAUGCAAUCCCUGAGGGAAGUUAAAAUGGCCUUGUGUAAGGGCCCAAACUAGCAAAUGUGCGUUGUUGGCCUUUUGAUGUUUUUGUAGUGAAGGAUUUGAACCAAAAAAAUGCUGUACUGAAGUCUUGACACCUAACCAAGUUAUGUCUAUUUUUUUAUAAUAAAUAUUUUAUCCGA